GCCCUUACAGUACGUUUCUAUGACAACGGUCAUGGAUGGUAGAGCUUUCCGAGCGUAGCCAGGUGUUGGGUUUGCGCAGCGCUCCAGAGCUCGCCUGCUAUGUGAAGGAACGGCAGGGACACCUACGCAAUCCCGCCAUACUUUCCCAUGUUUGCUGCCUUCUUUUUACAAGCGCAGAUUUUUUUUAACCUUGGAAUCCAGUCGAACACCACGAUGGUGCACCACUCCGGAUCAAUUCAGUCCUUCAAGCAGCAGAAGGGCAUGCACAACAGCAUCAGUGAGAUCCUGAAGGAGAAGACCCUGAAGCCGUCACGACGCAGUCUGCCCUGUCUGGCUCAAAGUCAGACACAUCCUCAAAACCUCAACCACUUCCUGUCUGUGCCUCUGAGUCCGGAGCCCAAAGCAACCGAAAAUAACCACAGUGUUAGUGCCUCAUGCACACACAUCACCCCACCACCUACAGAUUCUAGUAAGGAUCAGCAUGUAGUGGAGACGGAGACAAGAACGUAUGAGUCCAGAGCAGACGAGUCUCUCCUCAUACAGCAGAAGCCAGUGUGGAGGGGCAAGCUGGAUGUCCGUGCUGGCUCUGUGCAGGGGCAUAAUCCAGCAAAUCCUUCUGGGCUUAUGUUUCGAGAUGGCAAGAAGCGAAUUGACUAUAUUCUGGUGUAUAAGAAGUCCAGUGCUCAGGUUGAGAAGAGGUGCACUUUUGAACGAAACCUGCGUGCAGAGGGACUGAUGCUGGAGAAAGAGCCCUCUCUGACCAACAAUGACAUCAUGUUUGUGAAGAUACAUGCUCCGUGGGACACGUUAUGUAAAUAUGCAGAGCAAAUGAACAUCAGAAUGCCUUUCAGGAAGAAAUGCUAUUUCUCAGACUGGAAGAAGAAAACCAUGGGCAGUUGGUUUCAUCUGAGAUGUCGACAGGUAAAGAGUUGGCUGCCAAGGAACCCAAUGAAGUUGGAUAAGGAGGCUUUGCCUGAUCUGGAGGAGACAGACUGCUACACUGCCCCGUUUAGCAGGACGAGAAUGCACCAUUUUACCAUCAACAACAGGGAUUCCUUCUUCUCCAACUCUACUCGAAGCAGAAUAGUGCACCACGUUCUACAACGCACUAAGUAUGAGGAUGGCAAGUCCAAGAUGGGUAUCAAUCGGUUACUUGGCAACAACACCUAUGAGGCUGCAUUUCCCCCUCAUGAGGGCAGCUACAAGAGCAGGCACCCAAUAAAGACCCAUGGGGCCCAGAACCACAGGCACCUGCUAUAUGAGAGAUGGGCACGCUGGGGAAUCUGGUACAAGUACCAGCCUCUGGACCUCAUCCGACGGUACUUUGGGGAGAAGAUCGGCCUGUAUUUUGCUUGGCUGGGCUGGUACACAGGCAUGCUGAUCCCAGCAGCGCUGGUCGGGCUUUUUGUCUUCCUCUAUGGGCUUUUCACCAUGGACUCCAGCCAAGUGAGUAAAGAGAUCUGUGAGGCUAACACCACCAUCAUGUGCCCCAUGUGUGAAGUUAACUGCAGCUUCUGGAAACUGAGUGACAGCUGUGUCUAUGCAAAGGUGACUCAUCUUUUUGAUAAUGGAGGCACAGUCUUCUUUGCCAUUUUUAUGGCAAUAUGGGCCACAGUCUUUCUUGAAUUCUGGAAGAGAAGGAGGGCAGAACUUACCUAUGACUGGGAUUUGAUUGAUUGGGAGGAGGAAGAGUGUAAAUCCUGUGUGGUGGUGUGUUCUGAGGAGCUGCGGCCCCAGUUUGAAGCAAAGUACUCGAGGAAGGAGAGAGUGAACCCCAUCUCAGGCAAGCCAGAGCCCUUCCAACCCUUCACAGACAAACUCAGUCGCCUCAUGGUCUCUGUGUCUGGAAUCUUCUUCAUGAUCUCCCUGGUGUUGACAGCAGUUUUUGCUGUGGUGGUAUUUCGGCUCAUUGCCAUGGAGAAAUUUGCUUCUUUCCAGUGGGAGUUUGUGAAGAAAAACUGGCAGUUUGCCACCUCUGGCACCGGAGUCUGCAUCAACUUCAUGAUCAUCAUGUCCCUCAAUGUGGUUUAUGAGAAAGUGGCCUAUCUUCUAACUAAUCUAGAACAUCCCCGGACUGAGUCAGAAUGGGAAAACAGCUUUGCCCUCAAGAUGUUCCUCUUCCAGUUUGUCAAUCUGAACAGCUCCACCUUUUACAUAGCAUUCUUCCUAGGAAGGUUUGCUGGCAGGCCUGGAGAUUACAAUAAGCUGUUUAACCGUUGGAGAAUGGAGGAGUGUCAUCCUAGUGGCUGUCUGAUUGACCUGUGCUUACAAAUGGGGGUGAUAAUGGUGUUGAAACAGAUAUGGAAUAACUUCAUGGAGCUUGGUUAUCCACUGCUGCAGAACUGGUGGUCUCGGCGGAAGAUGAGGCGAGUAGGAGAACAGAAUAACUUGGAAAGCAAAGAACAGCUGCCCCAGUGGGACAAAGACUGGAACCUGCAGCCCAUGAAUGCCCAUGGCCUAGUGGAUGAAUACCUGGAGAUGGUCCUCCAGUUCGGUUUCACCACCAUCUUUGUGGCGGCGUUUCCUCUGGCACCUCUGCUGGCUCUGCUCAACAACAUCAUCGAGAUCAGGCUGGAUGCAUACAAGUUUGUAACACAGUGGAGGAGACCCAUGCCAGCCAGAGCUACUGAUAUCGGCAUCUGGCAUGGUGUUCUGGAGGGUAUUGGAGUAGUGGCUGUCAUCACAAAUGCCUUUGUCAUUGCCAUCACCUCUGACUACAUUCCUCGCUUUGUCUACGCCUUCAAAUACGGGCCCUGUGUGGACAAGGGCUACCAGCAUGAACAAUGUCUGAGAGGGUAUAUGAACAGCAGCCUGUCUGUUUUUGACAUGGGUGAGCCAAAAAAUGGAAGUCAAUAUCAGACACGAUACUGCAGAUAUCGAGACUACAGAGCUCCUCCAUGGAGCUCAGAGCCCUACGGGUUCACCUUGCAGUUCUGGCAUGUGCUUGCUGCCAGACUGGCCUUCAUCAUCGUCUUCGAGCACCUGGUGUUUGGCAUCAAGACCUUCAUUGCUCAUCUGAUCCCGGAUGUGCCUAAAGGCCUGUGUGAGCGCAUGCGCAGGGAGAAGUACCUGAUGCAGGAAAUGAUGUAUGAAGCUGAGCUGGAGCACUUGCAGAAGGAGAGGAAGAAAAAUGGCAAGCGUUAUCACCACGAGUGGCCUUAGCUCUGCCUACCAGACUGACAUAUCACACACACACACACACACACACACACACACACACACACACACACACACACAAACAAAACAAUUAUGUAAGAGCACACACACUGUGUGCACUUGUGGCACUGACAUGGACAUUCAGUGGACAACCAUGCAGGGAACGCACACGUGCAGCAUAUUUUCAUAUAUACACACUUGCAUGUCCUUCCUGAUGCUUUUGGUGGCUAGCUUUACUGAAUUAACUGAACCUGGACUGCCACUCCUGAUUAAAUAGGUGAAACCUGCCUACCCCUCUGUAAGCUUUGGCAGUCCAGAUCUGCACCAAAGAGGUCCUCACGAGUCACAUGACUCCUUCUCUGAGGCCCUCCCAUUGUCCUCCAUGGCUCCAGCACUGGUCUUUCCAGCUGAAUGUGGGAGCUCUGGCUUGGAUCCUGGACCUCUGAUCCUCCUCUCCUACCCAUGCCUGCUUUCCCUUACUCAGCCUUUGCCAGCUUUGCUCUCUCCUAUAGUAUGUUGUGGUUUUCAAAAAGGAAUGGAGUACCCAUACAAUUGUAUUGUUUACUAUGCAGAUGAAAGGCUUUGAGGGUUUUUUCCUCAAUGCACACCCUCAUGUCCCUCUUCAUAGCACCCCUUUUUCUCUCUUUCACUCUAUCGCUCUCUCUUUCUCUGUCUUUGUGUGGUAGCUAACAGCCUGCUAUUAUCUAUACACUGACUGAGUCUCUGUCUCAAUCCCUCUUACACUCUGACUCUCUUUAGCUCUCCAACAUCUCGUAGCUACGCUUCUCAAAAGAAGAGUCCUACGUUUUAUACUUGGGGUUUUAUUCUCUCUUCUCUCACGUCCUUUUUCCCCACAUGGCUCAUGUCAUUGCUCAGAUGCUUGUCUUACUGGUCUGUGCGGGUUGGUAAGAUGAAUGGACCAGUUUUUGAGUGGGCCAUGCUUGGGUGUAUGCUGAAUUGUGAAUAAGAUUUCUGGUGAAGGUGCAGUUUACGUUACCUGUGCCCUACAGCGGAACAUAAUCUGUUAGUCCAUGUCUAUGUCUUUACAAACAGUUCCUACAAUAUGGUGUAAAUCAAGGAAGAAUUUUGGUAACACUUUACAAUAUGGUUGCUUAGUAACUUAGUGACUAUACAAUUACAAAUGUAUUACUGCAUGUUGUGGAAUGUAUGGUUAGGCUACAAAUUUGUCACCCAAUAUGUGUUUCAUUCGGGAACAAACUAUUAAUGAUUGGUGAACUGCACAUUUUGUAAUCUUUGGUUGAGUGAUCACUUUACUAUUUUUGUGGAGAAGAGUGGUGUUUACACCUCAGCAUUUCUUCAUGAGCUAACAGGAAAAAAUGUAUUUUCUCCUCUCCUGGUUGCUACUAUAUAAAAUUGUUCCAUCUGUGGUUAAAUACUAGAGAAACAAAUAUCUCAUGUUCAUUCACUACUGAAGGAUGAUACAGCAUCAGUUUCCAGUAGUUACUAUAUUCGCUAAUUCGGCCAUGCAUAGUUAAUAGAUUAAUUAGGAACUGUAUUGUAAAGUAUUAGCAGAUUGUUUUUAAGUUUUCUCUAAUCAUCCCUCAUUCCUGGCCCACGUAGUUUGCCUAGGUGUAGUUGCAGACAAAUGUACAGUAUAAGGUUUAACACAGAAAUCAUCUCUCUAUUACAGCACUACAGAGCACUAACACUUGCGCGGACUGUGUUAUGUGACAAAAAUCAGGAUAAAAAUGUUUAUUUGAUAUUUUCUUGUGUUCACUUGUAACAUGUUUGCGUAACGUGUGAUUUCUCUAUUUCAUUUUUUCUUUGUUUUCUGCAUCUGACAUUUCAGUUUUGCAGUUGUGUGUGUGUGUGUG